AUGUACACUUUGGAUUUAGCUGCAGUUUCAGUGGCAGUGACAGUAUUGGAGGGACAAACUGUCACCUUAAGGUGUUCCAUUAUCAGUGCUCACAAACACUAUGUGGAGUGGAAGAACCCCAAAGGAUAUACUAUGUUCUUCAGUAAAAACAGGGGUGAGAGGUGUGAAAAAAAACGGUACAAUAUUGUUAAACUGUCAGAAACAGAAUUCAUAGUUAGCAUUUCCAACGUUACCUUCAGAGACGGUGGUAACUAUACGUGCCAUGAGUACGCUGACGUCCCCAAAGAGAAGACAGUUGAGGUGACUGUGUUAGGUUUGCCAAAAAUAGAAACUGGAAAGCAUGACGGGAAGUUUCUGGUAAAAUGCACCACAGCGGCGAACAGCCAUCCUCCUCAGAUCUCCUGGGUCCUUGAUCAAGAAACUGAAAUUAUUGGUCACCCCCAAGUCUACGUAGAAGACAAAAAAUAUAUCUCUCAGGAUAUGCUGCAUGUCAAAUCAGUGAGGAACCGGAUCACAGUGAAAUGUUUGUUCACCAUCCAGCGUUACAACUCAAGACCCCUGAUAAACUUUGUCAAAAUUGGACGAACUCUACUGGUGUUCCUGGUGACCUGCUUGAUCCUCGCUCUUCUAGUGGUGGUCAUUUUUUUUGCCAUCAAACUGAGGAGAGCACACCUAAUCUGGAAGAGAGAGAAUGAAGACUCAGAUCCGUCAGAGGAGAGCCACAAAUCAAAAUCAAGUCAGGAAGAGAAACAAUCUCAAGGACAAAGGCGAAGAGGGAUCCUCAACACAACAUUCACGCAGUACAUCGUUGAAGAACCAGCAGUGAUGACAUCAGCAAUAAACACAAACGCAGUCAUAGCAUCAGAGAGUACAAAUCAUGAGGAGAGGUCACCUGUUAUUUCAGCACAAGGUCCAGUCAGAUGUGAAAUAAAGGAAACUGAGCUGUAACAACCAUUACAAUUUUUAUGUGUUCAGCAUCGGCAACAAAAUCAAUAGAUUUAUUUCACUGCUUUUGUAAAAUAGAGUGGAUGUUUACACACACACA